CUACCUUUAGUUUAGCCAUUGCCAUUAGUUGACUUCAUUACGUGCUUUGUCGUACGCGUUUACAUAAUUUAUCAGUUAUCAUAUGUUUUUAGGGUGCCAUAUACAUAUCAAUAAAGUUUUGGAUAGUGGUAUAAAUAAUUACAUAAAUUAAAUUAAUAUCUCUCCAUUAGCUCCGUUCGCUAGAGCGUACAGCCACUUCACCGAAGCACUAGAAAGAGCAUUUUCCGUGGAGAAUGGAUAGGUGACCCAAUAAAAGACAACGAGACGAUGUCCCUGGACGGCGAGAGGCAAUUUCUGUGUCCCCGACUUAUAGACUAUCUCACUAUAGUCGGGGCACGCUAUAGCAAUAAUCCUUCACGACAGAAUACCAGUCCACAUGUACAGAUUCCAGAACUUCUCCGUCGGUAUCCAAUUCAAGAUCACAAAGACUUUCCUAUGCCUUUAGAUAUGGUGUAUUUCUGCCAACCUGAAGGUUGUUCUUCUGUGGGGCCCAGAAGAACAGCCCUACGAGAAGCUUCUUCAUUUGUAUUUACUCUAACUGACAAGGAUUCGGGAAAAACGAGAUAUGGAAUAUGUGUUAAUUUCUAUAGGCCCAUCGAAAAGACACCAGCCAACUUGAACGUUGGAAAAGGAAGGACAAAUACGAACCUAAGAAGAGAUUCUUGGAGGAAAAGUAUGGAAAAAAGUUCGGAUUCUGCAUUUUCAAGUGAUUACAGAAGCAGUAAUAUUGGUCCCAGUGACUCGGAAAAGGAUUGUCCAAGCAGAAGAGACUCUGAGUCAACAACAGGGAAUCUUCCUCGACUUGGAGUAAUACCAGCUAAUGAUUCUGAAAGUGGUGGAAGUCAUUCUCCUUCUCCCAGAGCUAGUCGGCGAAGACAAAGAAUACGAAAUUUAUCGCUUACAUCUCUGUGUAUUCUAUCUCAUCAUCCCUUUUUUUCGAUGUUCAGAGAAUGUUUAUUUAUUCUUAAGAAGCUAAUUGAUGCAUGCAACGAGUCUUCAAAUCCAAGAAGAGUUGGUGGCUCCAAACAAUUAUUUAGGGAUAACGUUUGGAGCGUAUUAACCGGUCAUGCAACCGAUACCACUUCAUCCAUUGUAAUUCAUGACGUAAAAGAAAUUGAAACGUGGAUACUCAAAUUACUUUCUUCUCCAGUGCCAAUACCAGGAAAAACAAAAGUUGAAAUUGAAGUAUUAUCUCCAACUGUAUACGACCCGCUUGUUUUUGCCUUACCCAAUCAUACUAGGUUUAGUUUAGUGGAUUUUCCUUUACAUUUGCCCUUAGAAUUAUUAGGUGUGGAGACUUGUUUAAAAGUACUGACCAUAAUCCUUUUGGAGAACAAAGUGGUUUUUCAAUCUAGAGAUUACAAUGCUCUUUCAAUGUCUGUGAUGGCUUUUGUAACGAUGAUAUAUCCCCUUGAAUAUAUGUUUCCCGUAAUACCGUUAUUACCGACGUGUAUGAGUUGUGCGGAACAGCUGCUAUUAGCUCCCACGCCUUUUGUUAUUGGUCUUCCUGCUAGUUUUUUAAUGUACAAAAAGAAUUUUAGAUUACCUGACGACGUUUGGCUGGUUGAUCUGGACUCAAAUAAAUUAAUAUCGCCUUCUGAAAUUCCACCGUUGCCGGAACCGGAAGGAACUAUCUUAAAAAAUCAUUUAAAACAGGCAAUGCAACUAAUGGAUCAAGUUGGCACUGGAGCAAUAACAAACUUAUCAGCUCCCUCCGCAGCAGCGCAGCAACUGCAGCCUUCACGAAGGGAAAGCAUUCAUUCACAAAAUACUCUAAGUGUAUCAAAAAAUAAAUCAUCAGACUCAGAAAGUACACCUGCUAUGUCACCUGUUACACCAAAUCUACAACCAAGACUUUCGUUAACGCCACAAGUACCUUAUAUUCCGCCUAUGCGACCUCCAUCACCAUCUGCAGGUUUCAAUCCAUUUAUUUAUGGUAAUGAUAUUGACUCCGUUGAUGUCGCAACUCGUGUAGCCAUGGUCCGUUUCUUCAAUUCUCAAAACCUCUUAGCUAACUUCUCGGAACACACAAGGACUCUGCGACUGUAUCCUCGGCCCGUCGUAGCGUUCCAGAUAAACAGCUUCUUAAGAUCGCGACCACGGGCUUCAAAUUUUCUAAACAAGUUUGCGAGGACUCAAGCCGUCGAGUUCUUAGCGGAAUGGUCAUUGACACCAACAAAUGUUGCCUUUCAAAGGGUGCAGACCGGUGUUCUGGAUCCUUCGCUAAUCGGAGAUAAAUCAAAAUGGUAUUUGCAUACCUUGGAGCCAAUCAAAUUCGUCGUUUGGGAUGACGGCAGUUCACUUAAUGGAGCUUUAAGAAGUAUGCAAACAGUCGAACAACAACCAACAGACGAAAGCGGUUCUGAUUCCGAAGAGGGUGAAAGUACAAGUUCAAGUUACUCAUCUCUUAGCGACUUCGUCUCAGAAAUGGUAUCAUCAGAUUUAUCUCCAGGAUACACCUCCUACCACGAUCAGAGGAGAGCAAACGCACAAAAUAUGUCUUUUUCCUCCAGCGUUGACGUUGAUACUGUAUAUAAUCCUCCUUCUGAACUUCAAUAUCCAGAAGGUGGAAUUCCUAUUCCUCGAUCGGAUUCUCCUCAAUCUUCAUCCAGCAGCGAAUCCGAUCUGAGUUCUCCAUCCUUUAACAGAGAUUCAGAAUUGGAAUUCGGCAACAAAAUAAAGAGUGAACAAGCUCACGUUUCUAAGACUGAUAGAGAUGAGACUGGUAGUUAUGAAAAUGAAUCAGAUUCUAACUCUACUACAACACCCAAAACUGUUGUUAGUACAAAUAACGUGAGGCCUGGGUCACCUUCCAGCGACGCUGAAAAAUCUGCUGCAUCUCGAAAAGGACGCAGAUCAAUAACACCAGUACCUCCUAUAGCACCAAUGCUGCAAAAACAACCGAGUGUAGGAAACGUUUUGGCGCGAACAUCCAGUUUCAGUUCAUCUGGAAAUGUCAGUCCAGCACCUCCGUCAUCUGCAGGCAGUAUGGUGACCAGACAGGGAUCGCAGGGUUCUAUUUUUGAACAGUUUACAUCUCAAGCCAAAGAACUCGUUCGAGAAACCACUCGGCAAAGUAGUCAAGAUGGGCUGCUUGCUCAAAUGGAUAAGUUAAAAACACAAGCAAAAGAAAAAAUUUCCGAAGCUGAAGAGAGCAGCUUAUUUGCUCCUUUCGAUAAGUUAACAACACAAGCCAAAAAAGCUGCGGAAGAAGCUACUAAGAGUGUUCAAGUAGCUGGAAAGAGUGCCAUUGAAGCAAGUAAAACUGCAACUGCUAUGAGCAAAACCACUUUGGAUGAUUUGACUUAUGUAGGAAAAUCGACAUUUGGAGAUUUAACCAAGAGUGCCAAAGAAGUAGUUGCGAAGAAAGGAUUGUUACGGGGUGAUUCUUUUUCAAAACAACAAGAACCGUCGAGUAAUACACAAGUUGUAGCAACUUCUAACGUAUUAACAGGAGCUAGCAGAGAUUUCUUUUCGAAUAUCAGUUCUGAUAUUAAUGGUUUAGCAACUUCUACAACCAAUAUGUUUUCGGAUCUGUUCGGUAGCAAAAAGGAGCAACAAAAAUCAGUGGAACAGAAACAACAACAACCUAAACAAAAGGAAACUUCGACAUCUAAAGGAAUGUUUGGGCCUUUCAAUAGAGGUCCUAAGGGAUUGGCUGAGAAGAGUCCUUUAAUAAAACAUAUGCCCAGAAGGCAAGAUGAGGCGCAGUGGAAGCAAGCAGCUGAUAAAAAUGCAACUAAUAGCGAAAAUCAAGCCUUUCUGAAAGAUGUAAUCACGAGUGUUCUUGAUGGAGAAGGUGUCGGAUGGCUAAAACUAAACAGGUUGAAAAAACUCAUGGAGGAUGAAUCGUACCGUAAUUUUGUUUUGAGCAAAAUAAAUAAAACUCUAGAUAGAAAGAUAGCACCUGACGAUCAUAUCGACGAUGUGUGUAUUCCAAAACCCGUAUGGAAGGGAAUGCUUAAAGUAUUAUUAGCUAUAGUCCAUGGACUGGAGGUGACUUUUGGCAAUUUUGGCUUAGGAGGAAUGGCGUCUGCAUUCCAGUUAUGCGAGAUAGCUCAUACUCAUUAUUGGUCGAAGGAUUUGGGUGAAUAUACCGGUCCGGAUUUGACACAGAGUUCUAGUCCAAGAUCUCCACAGAGUCCCAGAUAUUCGAUACAAUCUUCCGACUGGGAAGGAUCCAGAAAAUCAUCACAAGCUGAUCCACCAGAGGUACGUUUAAUUCAGGGAGAUGAAUCAGAAAAAGAGCAAACAACGACAGACAUUUUUAAAGACAUGAUUACUCAGAAGAAAAAUAUGUUGUUAAGCAAGCUAACGUCGUUUGAUUCAGAUGGUGAAAGCACUGUGCAUGGCUCUGGGGGUACCGUGUCUCCUUCUGCUGGGUCCAUAACCAUGGGGCCUGCCUGCAAUCUCAAUCGGGGUGGUAAUCAGGCCUCUUUUAGGUCUACCGUUUCUGAUACUGAGGUAGAAACUUUGCAGUUUCCAAAAUUGCCCAAACAACGUACAUCAAGCGUUUGGUCCAGCAAGUCGUCACUGAGCACUGGAUUUAGAUAUCAUGGUGGUAAUAUUAUCAAUACUGUUACAUCGCCAAGUCCAGAUGGCAUAAGAAAUUACUUGUUUGAAGGUCUUCUAGGAAAAGAACGGUCCACACUUUGGGAUCAGAUGCAAUUCUGGGAGGAUGCAUUUUUGGACGCAGUCUCUCAAGAAAGAGAUAUGAUAGGAAUGGACCAGGGUCCACGUGAGAUGAUGGAAAGGUACAAAAGUUUAAGUGACACUGAAAGAAAAAGACUGGAACACGAGGAAGAUAAAUUGCUAGCAACUCAACUUUAUAACUUGGCAGCUAUACUGGUGAUGUUAAAUUGCCACAAAGAGGAAGUUAAGAGAAAGAUUAGAAGGCUAUUAGGAAAGAGUCAUAUAGGUUUAGUUUACAGUCAAGAAGUAAAUCAGUUACUAGAUCAAAUUCAACAUUUGAAUGGAAAUGACAUCGAUCUAAAACCUUUGGGUUCAAGACUUCUUCAUCGACAGAGUUUUACUGUUCAUCAAGGAGUUGAUUGCACUGGAGACCUGAGAUUUAUGGAGGUGAGAGAUGACGGUCUGGUACUAAGGUCCGUCAGCGGAGUCAUUGUGGAGAGGUGGUGGUUCGAAAGGCUAGUGAACAUGACAUAUAGUCCAAAAAAUAAAGUACUUUGUCUGUGGAGAAGAAAUGGUCAACAAACGCAGCUACACAAAUAUUACACGAAAAAGUGCAAACAGCUUUACUACUGUAUCAAGGAGGCGAUGGAAAGGGGAGGAGUCGCUGGAACAGCUCCCGAACUAGGAGGGGAAUUUCCUGUUCAGGACAUGAGCACUGGGGAGGGUGGUUUAUUACAGGUCUGCAUGGAGGGAGUUGGGUUACUUUUCGCAAAUAGCAAGUUUUUUGUUAGGCUCGUGCACAUUAGGAAAUGCUUUACUCAGAAGUCCAAUAUAUUUGUAAUUGAAGAGUUCAAUCCCAAGACUAGGCAGGUGAUUCAGAGGAAAUACAAAUCGCCAAUGGCUGACCAAAUCUGCUACUCCGUACUCUGCGUCUUCUCAUAUAUAGCAGCCGGAACCGAAAAACCAAAAAUUGUCAAGAAACCAGCUGAAGUUUCUCACUUGAACCUUACAGCUUGUCUUAAACCUGGUGGACCAGUAGAAGAGGCCUCUGUCUCACCUAUGGCUACCGUACCUCCGCCAUGUAGCCCGGAACCUGGAUCGAUUACUCCUUUAGGAGGUCCACCCAAGUAUCCACCACCAGCGCUACCACCAGGUGUAGCACCUCCAGCUCCCCCGCCUGGAGCAAAGACUAUUCAUCCUCAGUUGUCGUUGCCUUCUAGUAAACCUCCCCCUGUUCCUAGUAGAAAUAUUCCUUCCAGACAAAUGACGGUUGUUUCUUCCCAACCCCCUCAACCCCCGCCUCGACCGAAGUGACGACAGAAACGAUAUUCCCUACCGUUUAUAUAUGGAACAGAUUGUAAAGGACCGUCUUGUCUUCCUUGGGUGUGACUCACGUUAACGGUUGUUGUUGGUAUAUUGGUUUUAGAUGGUUUGUAGAAUCAACAGUUAAGACGAUACUAUAAUGAAUACUCAGAAAUUAAUAAGCAGUUUAGGGAAGAAUUUAACGUAGAUAUAUAUUUUAUAGUCAAAGCCCGAAUUUCAGGCACUCCUAGGUUUGACUAGGCAAUCCUCAGUUCUGACUGACGGUCUUAGUCAAAGCCCGAAAUAAAUUACAGUUUCGGCCUUUGACUAGUGAAACCUAGGAGAGACUACGUUGGUUAGGCAAAGGUCGAAAUUUAAUUUUAUGAAAUCGGGGUUUGACUAGUCAAACCCCGAUCACCUAUUAAAAUGUCUUAAUUUGUUAGAUUAGGUUUAAUAGAACGUCAUUUUUUAAUUGUAAGGUUUAUUAUUUUUAUAUUGUCGUAGUUAAAAUAAAAAAAAUAGUGUUUAUUCUCUCAUAUUAAGGCAGUAUGGCAUUUAGAGUUGCACAAUACGUUAGACCUUUUACACUUACAUGGUUUUGAAGAGCACUUAUUAUUGCAGUGGUAAUUUAUAAAUCAUUGUCCUCCAAAUUUAGAAUCUUUUGUACUAAUUUCUCUUAGAGACAGCUUAACGUCUGGAACAUCUUCGAAAUUAGGAAAAUUCUCUUUGCAUUCUCUUAUUUUAUUUCUUGAAAAAAGUGUGUUUAUUGUUCCGUAUUUCGUACCAACUCUAUAUAAACCGUCAAUAUUGAUUUAUUUUUUAUGGUACCCAAAAUAUUUCUAGCAUCUCCUUGGCAUGCGGUCGAGCAUUCGUUGUGUACAGACAGAAAAGAUUAAAAUAAAUAAAGGAAAUGCGAUUGAAGGUCUUCAUGCCCAGGCUAAUGCCAUGAAACAAUUAAGUGAAAAAAAAUGUCCUCCAAUUUCAAUCAGAAAAACUGUUACAAUACCUAUCCCCAGCUUUGAUAGAGCCAAAGAGGAUGCUCGAAAUAUUUUGAGUAGCAUACAAGAUAAAACAAUUGACGGUUUAUAUAGAGUUGGUAUGAACUAUGGAACAAUUAACACACUUUUUCAAGAAAUCAAAUAAAAGAAUGCAAGGAGAAAUUUCCUAAUUUUGAAGAUGUUCCAGACGUUAAGGUGUCUCUGUCUCUAAGAGAAAUUAAUACAAAAGAUUCUAAAUUUGGAGGACAAGAAUUUAUAAAAUGCUACUACAAUACGAAAUGCUCUUUCAAAUUACGUAAGUGUAAAAAAAGGUCUAACGCAUUGUACAACUCUAAAUUUCAUAAUGACUCAACAUGUGAGAAUAAACACUAUUUUUUUUUUCAUUUUAAUUACGACAAUAUAAAAAUAAUAAACAUUAAAAUUAAAAAAUGACGUUUUAUUAAACCUAAUCUAACAAAUUACGACAUUUUAAUAGCUGAUCGGGGUUUGACUAGUCAAACCCCGAUUUCAUAAAAUUAAAUUUCGACCUUUGCCUGACCAACGUAGUCUCUCCUAGGUUUGACUAGUCAAAGGCCGAAACUGUAAUUUAUUUCGGGCUUUGACUAAGACCAUCAGUCAGACCUGAGGAUUGCCUAGUCAAACCUAGGAGUGCCUGAAAUUCGGGCUUUGACUAUAACAUAUACACUUAAUACAAAUGUAGUCCAGCCUGUAUAAUGGAACGACUGCAAAAAUUAAAUCUGGAUCAAGGAUGUCUGAGGGAUUUAAGUUCAGCAAAAGAUUGAAGCAGAGUUGUUGUAUUUCGCCUACCCUUUUUAAAACUUAUCUGGAACAAGCACUCAAGCUGUGGAAAAGAAAAUGUAAUGACAUGAGAAUCCCUCUUAAUGACGAGACAGCACUAUAUACUUUAUGUUUCGCUGAUGACCAAAUUCUGAUUUCUCAGGAUCAUGACGACUAGAGUUACAUGACGCGAAAGGUAAUAGAAGAAUAUAACAAUUGGGGUCUCGAAGUCAACAUUAAGAAAACUGAAGGCAUGUGUAUUGGAGGGAAAAAGUAGUUUAUUACAUUGGACGAUGGUAUAGAAAUUAAGAACUGUGAUGAAUACAAGUACCUGGACAUGAAGAUAACUCAAGAUGGAACAUCGAUGCUGCUAUAAUAGAUAGAAACAUACGGGGUAGAAAAAACAUAUCCGUAAUGAAUGGCAUUCUGUGGGACCAAACAAUAUCUAAAGCGAACAAACAGCUCAUAUAAAAUACCAUACUUCAAAGUGUAUUCAUAUAUGGCAUUGAAGUUUGGCCACUUAAACAAAGAACAGAGAAAAUGUUACUAGUAACAGAAAUGGACUUCUGGAGAAGAUCAGCAGUCAAAUCAAGAAGAUAUCGGACACCAAAUGAGAGAAUACGAGAAAGGAUGGGAGUCACACGUACAAUAAUUGAUGACAUAAAAACAAAACAAUAUGGUACGGCCAUAUAUAGAGAAUGCCAGAUGACAGGAUCCCUAAACAGAUUUUGGCGUGGACACCUGUAUAUCAACUAAUAAAUAUAUUAAGCAAAGAAAAAUUAAAAAAUAUAGUAUGGUUCGUCUUCUUUUGAUUCUACUGCCAAAUAGAAAAAAAUAUAGUAAAAUUUUUUGAUAGUGAAAAUAGUUCGACGAAUUUGGUGUUGAUUUAUUACGAAAAUGUCAGAUUCUAAACUACAUUAUAUUUCAUUAGAUCUUAAAUAUUUAGUAUUAAAAUAAACAUAAACUCUAACUAAUGUCGUUCUAUUAUUUGACAGUGAACCAACAUUCUUCAUACCGGUAAGCUAUCGUCACAAUUUUAUUUACUCAAUCCAAUAACUUUAGUUAAGUUAUAUUUAAUUCAACUUUGUAAACAUUACCUAUUAUUAUCCAAAACUGAAAACGUAGUAAGCCAGGUUUUCAUAACAGCUCAUAUACAAUACCAUACUAAAAAAAUAAUCACAUUUAUGGCAGCGAAGUUUGGUCACUGAAACAAAGAACAGAGAAAUGGACUUCUGGAAAAGCAGCAGACAAAUCAAGAAGACAUCGGAUACCAAAUAAGAGACUGCUAGAAAUGAUGGAAGUCACGGAUACAAUAACUAAUGACAUAAAAACAAAACACCUAAUAUGGUACGGCCAUCUAUAGAGAAUACCUCAGAUAACAGGAUCCCUAACCAGAUUUUUACGUGGACUCCAUAAGGGAGAAGGAAAAGAGGAAGGCCGAGAAGAUGCUGGAGAGAGGGAAUUGAAAAAGAACUAGAGGAAAAGGAAAUCCCUCCAGGUUUAUGGUUAAACAGAGAAGAAUGGCAAUUAGGAGUCGGAAAGCGUCGAAGAACACUGUAAACCAAUAGUACUAAAAACCAAUAGUACUAAAAAAAACCAAUAGUAGUAAGCCAGGCGGCUUGUGAAUUGUAUUUUCCCAAGCACUGUAUUGUGGACAGCAUAAAAAUUUCAUCAAAAAUGAAUAGAAACAAUCCUAUCUGAAUACCCAUAUCAUCAAGGACUGUAGAAAAUACAAAGCAAGUCAAGAAUAAUGAGGAAAUCUGUUGAAGAUGAGGAUUCUGUGAAUAUUAGAAUAUCAAAUUUGAGAAACAGAUUAGGAAAGUCAAGUAGAGGUAUAUGACCGCUGAUGAUGAUGGAGCAAUAACUUCUAUUGCUCCGUAUUAGGUAUCAACAGAUUUUUAUUUAUUCUCAUUAUUAAACCUUCAACAAAAAAAUGUUUUGAAAAGGCUUUAAUUAUUAAUGUUCCUUCUGUACUACCUUUGGAGUUACAUUGUUUCUUCACAAAUUGUUAUUUUUAUCCAAAAUCCUUAUAUUUCUAUCAUUCUCUAUGUGUUUCUUAUAGAUUUUAUAGUAUGGCUUGCGCAAUACUUCUUUGUUUUAUAGUCAACUUUUGAUAUCUAUUUUAUUUACAAUAUUUUUCCAGAUAUUGUACUGCAUAUCAUUAUAGUAUCUUGUUAAUAAUAGUUAUUUGAAUAUUUAUUUAUAGUUAAUUUAUUUUUUUGGACUCAAUCAAAAUAUUUAAUAAUACUUUUCUUCGUCUUGUGUCACUUUCUAUUGUGUAUUGUUAAAUUUUUUAUAUAUAAAAAACAAUAUUAAAUAUACAUGUAGAAUACAUAUACGCACAAAACCUUCGAAUCCACAUUCGUCAAACUAUUGGUUGUUGUUUUAGGUACCAUAUAACCAUCUUUUGGCUUUGAACCUUUAAAAUUAUUCUAAUAAAAUGAUUAUUUUUGUAUUUCAACAUAACUAGAUAUAAAAGUUAGGGCUAAAACAUUGAAAAAUAUAUAUUAUUAUUAUAGCUCGGCAUUUUCUUGUUAUUAAAAUACGGGAAAAUAACUUACUUGAGGUAAACAGAAAAAUAAUUGACUGGCGCCCAAGAGAAGACAAACGCAGCACAGGACGAUCACCAACACGCUGGAUGGACGACAUUAAACGGAUAUUCAAGAAAUGGCAACAAGACGCACGCAUGAUGAUGAUGAUGAUGAUGAAACAAUUUCUUAUAUUAAUAACAUAAGUGUGAAUCCAACACCAUAAAAAAUGUGUAGCAUUUCUUCGAAUCGAAUGCUUCGAUGUAGCAUCGAAGCAUUCUUAGUUUUAUAUUAAAAGAGAGGUUGUGGUUUAAGAAGAAGACCCCGUCCGGCUGAAAGGAAUCUAGCUUCUCCGAUGCGCGAUCUUAGCUCUUGGUUAUUGGUUCAUUCUUCAUUUAUUAUGGUAGUUGUAACGCGUUACUCUUUCUACAUGAGUUUGGUUGAUGUCGAGUUGACCUUCUAUAAUCUUUUGUUGCUAAUUAUCAUGAGCUUUGUCUUCUUUAUGUUUAUAUUAACUCCAUAUUGUUGAUUCGUCGAUACUAUCUAACUCUAUUCGUCGAUAAUUCAUUCAUCCAAGAUACCUACAGUAGGAAAAGAAUAGAGCCUCGAAGGAUUAUUUUCGUUGCAUGGAACCCUUGGGUUACCUGGUACACUAGAGUACCUCUCACAAAUUUACUGACGUGUCUGUACGUAACUAACAGUAUCACUUUUUUAUGAUUUUAUAUAGAUGUUUACAAAGAGAGAGCUAUUACCUUAGUGAGGUUGAUGAAAUCUUCGACUACCAGUGAUAUUAGAAACAACUAAUCUAGUAUAAGAAAUACAGGGCGAACAAUCACAGGCGUUUGAAACGAAUGUUGGUCUGCGACAGGGAGAUGCGCUGGCGUGUCUCCUCUUCAACAUAGCUCUGGAAAAGGCGGUCAGAGAUGCCUGGAUAGACAACAGGAAAUAUUUUUAAUAAAUCAUCCCAAAUUUUGGCAUAUGCAGAUGACGUGGACCUAGUUGCCCGCACAACACGCAAACUAGAAGAAAUGUAUCCCACCCUCUCAAAUGCCUCAAAAAAUAUGGGCCUGAAAGUAAACGAGGAGAAAACUAAGAUGAUUGCAUCAGCACCCAACAAUAGAGCCAGAAACAUCGGUCACCAAUUCACUGUUGAUAACUAUACCUUUGAAGUGGUGGACAAAUUCACAUACUUGGACUCCCUUGAUCACCAAGGAGAACGUCAUGACGGAAGAAAUCAAGCGAAGGAUAAUACUAGCGAACAAAUGCUAUUUUGGACUGAGUAAACAUAUGAGAAGCAGAAACUUAAGUCAAAAAACAAAAAUAACCAUAUACACAACCCUUAUACAACCAGUGUUGACAUAUGGAUCGGAAACAUGGACCAUCUGCAAGGCAGAUGAAAACCUUCUGCUUAUAUUUGAACGAAGGAUCCUGAGAGGAAUAUUCGGUGGCAUCUGUGAAAAUGGUAUUUGGAGGAGGAGGUACAACUACGAGGUAUACCACAGAUAUAAACAUAUAUUUGGUGGUAAAGACGUAGUAUCCCUUACAAGAAUAGGAAGACUAAGAUGGGCAGGACAUCUAGCAAGAUCACAGCAUAACAACCCUCCUAGAAGAAUCCUUAUGUCACAGCCUCUAGGAAGUAGAAAUAGGGGUAGGCCAAAACUUAGAUGGAAGGAUGGUGUAGAUGAGGAUGAAAGAAAAAUAGGCGCAGCAAACUGGCAACGGUUGGCAAUGGAUAGGAGUGAUUGGCGUAAUAGAGUUGGGAAGGUCGAGGCACUUUCAUAGGGCUGUAGCACCAUUGAUGAUGAUGAAUCUAGUAUAAAGAUGUAGAAAAAGAAGAAAAAUAACUCAAGAGUAAAACAAAUAACUUUUUAUGUAUAAAUAGAGAUAUAAUGCCUGGUUGCACCAACAUAUCGUAAGCUUAAGAUAUGCCUUAAGCUCAGUUUACGAUAUAUUCUUGUUGAACCAUUGAGUCUUUAGAUCAAUUUUCAGCUUGCGACAAUUGAUUGCCACGUGGAUUGUUUAGAUAAGAAUCGAAAAUUAUGCUGCAACGUAAGUGAGACUAAAUCGGCCCUAUCUAUAAGCUGAGCUGGGCUAAGCCGGAGCUUAAGAUUUGUUGGUGCAACCAGGCAUUAGAGUUUAAAAAUAGCCUUUUUUGUAUUAAAAUUCUGUUUGCCUUAUGGUAUUACUUUCUCUGUAUUCUACGAAUUUGUUCACAUUUGUUCAAUUUUAUUCUCAUAUUUGUUCAUUUCCUGAAUAAACAUAUUCACAUAUAGGCAAAAUUUGUUAUUAAUUUUUAUCAUGAACCAUAUCAACAUGUUGAAUAUAUUAUGAAAGUUUAUGUAGUAUAAAUAAUUUAAUUUAGUAGGAAUCUAUCUGAUUGUGUAAGAAACUACCAAUCGUCGACCUAAUCUGUAAACUGCGUAACUGCACUUAGCCAAAUUUUACAGAAGAUGCAAAAAACUAUCUCUCCAAAGACUAACGCGAAUACUACGUAUCUCCGAUUUUAAAAGAUACGAUAGAAAAACGGAAAUAUUUUAUAGAUACCUGUGGGAUGAAAAAAUAGGGAGUUACUACGAAUUUUUCGUACUAAAUUUGGCGACAAGGGAGAUACGGUGUAUACGAAGAGGUCGUUAUUUACUCAUCUGGUAAAAAUAUGCAUGUGCUAUCUUUUUUAAAUGAUAAGUAGGGACUUUUUGAAACAUAUGGCGGUAAUAACUCUUUUUCAGAAAAUUGUGGAGUUACGCAGUUUACAGAUUAGGACGACGCAAUAAAGUUAAAAACGUAGUUUCGAGUGAAUAUAAAUAUCCUAAUAAAUAUUGUGCCUCUAUUGUAGUCCACUGUAUGAAAUAUUUCUGUAAAUAUAUUUAUUUUACCACUUUGUAAAAAUGUCAGAAUGUUUAGUAAGCAAUAUUAGUCACUUUUAUUGUUAAAUUAUUUGAUAGAUCGGCUUGGAAUGUAUAUUAUUUUACAUGUUAAUAAAUAUUAAUAUUUGAAA